AUGGACGCACCACAAACCAUCAAGCUCAAUGUUGGCGGUAUGUUGCUGGAGACGACGUUGACGACACUUACCUCGGUGAAGAACAGCGUUCUCGCCACCAUGUUCAGCUCUAGUUGGCACAAGGACGAUGGCCGGGUCCGCUUCAUCAAUACCGAUCCGACGAUCUUCGCCGUGAUCCUGCAGGGACUGCGACGUGGUGGCGUGGAUGACGCGUGCCGACCGACCAACGUGAGCCAGGAGUUGUGGGAGCGCGAGCUCGACUUUUGGGGCCUGCCGAAACCGAUUGUCAUCGCGCCCGAUCCGGAUCCGAGGGAGGAGGCGAUCGACAAGUUCAUGCAGUCCGUCGGCAAACCUGGCGGGUUGGCCGUGUUGGACGAGUACGGCAAAAUCCCGCUCUCCGCUCUGCCCGAUGUGAACCAUCCCAUUCUGGACGACGACGGCCGCGUACCCAUCGACCAACUCCCCGAGCCGAUCUCCAGGCUGGUCAGAUUCAUAGAUUCGGCAGACACCGCCGUCGUCGCCACGGGCACGCUCGAACGCCUCCUUGUACGGCGGAUCGGCAUCCGGAUCAGCGCGAUCGAGAUCGGCGACGAAUCCGAUGACGAGGUCAACCUGGCACUUGCCGAGUUCGAUGGGGAAGCGCCCAAUGCUGUCGAUCCAUCCGAUCAGCUCCGGUCGGCCGACGUAUGCCACGCACGCCCAUAG